CGCCCAAAGAGUUUUCACCCGUCAGGAGCUUCUGCCCACCCCCUUCGCGAUGAGGUCUAUAGCGCAUGACCGUUAUUUUUUCUCAAUUGAAUUCUUCUUUUGGCACGUGCUGAGUUUCUUCUCCAAACUUUACCGGCUGGAUAAUUGCGAUUUCUGUGCGAGAGACUGUCAUGAGAGCUCAGAGGAAGGCAGCCGUUAUAGGCGAAGAUUAUUGUAUUACAAGUUCAACAAGGACAGGCAGGGAGAAUGGAGGAAUUCUGCCCCCAAUGAGGAUCACUCUCAGCAAAUGCCAAGGACUGGUUGGAUAUAUUAGAGCAGGCCUGUAAAACAUAAGGCCCGGGACCGGAUGCGGCCUGUGGGGACUUCUUUGCUGGCCCAAAGUAUUGUGGUGCUUGAGGCGGUACUGUAUGCUGUAGUUUGGGGAAGGAGACAACACUUAAUGCAAAGACAGUAAAGUGUAAUUGAAAACAUGUUUAUAUGGAAUUUGGAAUUAAUUUCUCUUGAAAUUCAUUUUAUCUCAGUGGAAUGUACUUGAAAAUCUCCAGAGCCCACUAUGGCUACACCGUAUCAGGCAGUGAAGUGCAUAGACACGAGGAAGAACCAUCACAGAACCAAAUGGUUUGAGCCCUGGGGACACAACCACUGUGAAAAUAUCAAAGACUUGGAUGAAGCAAUUCACAGGCAAAUAGAAGCCAAUGAUAUUGUAUUUGCAGUUCACGUUCCUCACCCCAGCUAUGAGAUGAGCUCUUGGUUCCAGUUCAUGCUCUAUAUUAUGCAAUUUGAAAUUAUCUUCAAGAGAGACAAUCAAAUUAAAGACAAUGCAGAAGUUACACUUGAUGUCUCCUUGGCAUACCGAGAUGAUCGUUCUAGUGAAUGGAAAGAAAUGACACAUGAAACAGAGACCCGGAAGCUCAAAUGUACCUUUGGAUCUCCAAAAACUAUCGAAAAUGAAGGCCGACAGUAUGAAUGUGAUGCAGUACCAUUUAUGGAGAUUGGAACUGUUGCUCACAAAUUCUAUCUCAUCAACAUUCGUCUCCCUGUGAAUGAAAAGAAAGGCAUCAAUGUGGGAAUUGGAGUAAUAAAAGAUAUUGGUCUAGUGGGUAUCCAUCAAAAUGGAGGCUUUACAAAAAUAUGGUUUGCAAUGAAAACUUUCCUUACACCUAGCAUCAUUAUCAUCAUGGUUUGGUACUGGAGACGGAUCACAAUGAUGACACGGGCACCCGUUCUGUUGGAAAAAGUUAUCUUUGCUCUUGGGAUUUCCAUGACCUUCAUAAACAUCCCAGUAGAGUGGUUCUCUAUUGGAUAUGACUGGACAUGGAUGUUGCUGUUUGGAGAUAUUCGCCAAGGAAUCUUCUAUGCUAUGCUUUUGUCUUUUUGGAUUAUCUUCUGUGGGGAGCAUAUGAUGGAUCAGAAUGAACGAAAUAGCUUCUCUGGCUACUGGAAACAAGUUGGGCCAAUAGCUGUAGGCUCCUUCUGCCUUUUUGUCUUUGACAUGUGUGAAAGAGGGGUACAACUAAAAAAUCCAUUCUACAGUAUCUGGACCACCGAGGUUGGCACAGAACUGGCUAUGGCAUUUAUUAUUGUUGCUGGUAUCUGCCUCUGUCUUUACUUCUUGUUCCUGUGUUUUAUGGUAUUUCAAGUGUUCAGGAACAUCAGUGGCAAGCAAUGCAGCCUCCCAGCAAUGAGUAAAACCCGCAGACUUCAUUAUGAGGGGCUGAUUUUUAGAUUCAAAUUCUUGAUGCUGACCACAUUAGGUUGUGCUGCCAUGACAGUAUCAUUUUUCAUUGUCAAUCAGCUGUUCGAGGGCCAGUGGAAAUGGGGCCAGUGGAAAUUUCAAGCAUACAGUGCCUUUUUCACAGGGGUUUAUGGCAUGUGGAAUCUUUAUGUCUUUGCCCUGAUGUUCUUGUAUGCUCCUUCACACAAAAAGUACGGUGAAGAUCAGUCAGAUGGUGACCUUGGAGUAAGCAGCGGAGAAGACUUUCAGCUCACUACCACAAUCACUCACGUGGAUGGACCAACAGAGGUUUACAAACUGGCUCGCAAAGAGGCCCAGGAAUGAUUACUACAGGACAACUCAUUAGGCAGAAACUGAGGAUGACGCACAGGAUGAUGGCAGUAUUUUCCUGUGAGGAUCUGUUUCUGGAGUCAUCCCCAAAGUGCCCAAUAUGGACAGUGCACUCUCACAGAAUGGUAGUGAGAUGUCAGGAACAAUUGGAAAUGCUUCUUUAUUGAUGGUGUCUCUCUUGGAGAAGAGGGCUGAUGUCCAUUUUUGGACAUUCUUCACAACACUCCUAGUUUGUAACUAACCCCAGAAUUUAAAAGGUACCCAUUUCUCUGUAUGAUCUCUGGGUCAAUCUCAUUCAUUACCAAUGUGUCUGCUGCUCCUUCUGCUAUGGAUAUUCUUAGGAAAUCUGAAUUUUCUAUGUGCUUCCUAAAUCAGUUUUAUUCCUUCUCCCCAGUGCCAGUGGCUCUGUAUGUAACCAUUUUUUUAAUUUGUUUAUAUCACAAGUAGCCAGUUCAGAAAGUAUUUAUGUACUUUAAAUACACCCAUGACUUUUCUAGUCUAGUGUAACACUGCCUUUUGUAGUGGUUUCCUCCCCUUUUUUGGUACAAAAGGGGCAUUUCAGCUGGAAAGUUGAACCUUAUGUGCACGUGUAUGUGUUUCUUGAACACUAACAAGCCUCUCUGGUGUAGAUAUCUUUUAAUAUGCCCUCCCUUAAAAGUCCUGUUUACCUGUAUGAUGCACAGUCUAUGGAACUGAUGGGAGGGGGAGGUGUGGUUGAAAACUUGGGUUUUUUUCUUUUUUAAAAAAUAAAUGCUCCAAGUAGCCUGAAGAAUACUGUAGAUCUUUUUGUACUAUGAAUAAAAUAUACAAUAUCAUGGA